AUGCCCAGCCAAUUCCUGAGCAGUGCCUGCCACCCCUCGGCCAACUUCCCCCUGGAUUUAUUUGGCAUGAUGUUGUAUGCUGGAAUUAUCUCUCUUCUGGAUGAGGAAGAGCCACAGCUCAAGGAGUUUGCUCUUCACAAGUUGAAUGCUGUUGUCAAUGACUUCUGGGCAGAAAUCUCCGAGUCAGUGGACAAAAUUGAAGUUCUCUAUGAGGAUGAGGGCUUUCGGAGCCGGCAGUUUGCUGCUUUGGUUGCUUCUAAAGUUUUUUACCACCUGGGAGCUUUUGAGGAAUCACUGAACUAUGCCCUGGGAGCAGGUGACCUCUUCAAUGUCAACGACAACUCGGAAUAUGUGGAGACGAUCAUUGCAAAAUGUAUUGACCACUAUACCAAGCAGUGUGUGGAGAAUGCGGAGCUGCCAGAAGGAGAGAAGAAACCUGUUGAUGAAAGGCUAGAAGGCAUAGUGAACAAAAUGUUCCAGCGGUGCUUGGAUGACCACAAGUACAAGCAGGCCAUCGGCAUUGCUCUAGAGACACGCAGGCUGGACAUCUUUGAGAAAACCAUCCUCGAAUCGAACGAUGUUCCUGGGAUGCUAGCCUACAGCUUGAAGCUCUGUAUGUCUUUGAUGCAGAACAAACAGUUCCGUAAUAAAGUCUUGAGAGUUCUAGUUAAAAUCUACAUGAAUCUGGAGAAACCAGACUUCAUCAACGUAUGCCAGUGCCUGAUAUUCCUGGAUGACCCACAGGCUGUGAGCGACAUCUUGGAAAAACUGGUGAAGGAAGAUAACCUUCUCAUGGCCUACCAAAUUUGCUUUGAUCUAUACGAAAGUGCUAGCCAACAGUUCUUGUCUUCUGUGAUACAGAACCUCCGCACGGUUGGCACUCCCAUUGCCUCUGUGCCUGGAUCCACCAACACUGGCACCGUCCCUGGAUUGGAGAAAGACAGUGAUGCUAUGGAAGCAGAAGAGAAACCAGGAAGCACUUGUGCAGGGAAGUCUGCAGAAAUCAACCCAGAGCCUAAGGACCAGAUCUCAAAAAUGAUUAAAAUUUUAAGUGGGGAAAUGGCCAUUGAGUUACAUCUGCAGUUUUUAAUACGAAACAACAAUACAGACCUCAUGAUCCUCAAAAACACAAAGGAUGCAGUGCGGAAUUCCGUCUGUCAUACAGCAACGGUUAUAGCAAACUCCUUUAUGCAUUGUGGUACAACCAGCGACCAGUUCCUCAGAGACAAUUUGGAGUGGCUGGCCAGGGCCACUAACUGGGCUAAGUUUACUGCUACCGCCAGCUUGGGUGUUAUACACAAGGGUCAUGAGAAAGAAGCAUUACAGCUAAUGGCAACGUACUUACCCAAGGACACCUCUCCAGGGUCAGCCUACCAGGAAGGUGGAGGUCUCUAUGCCUUGGGUCUCAUUCAUGCUAACCACGGUGGGGACAUCAUUGACUAUUUGCUGAACCAGCUGAAGAAUGCCAGUAAUGAUAUUGUCCGACAUGGUGGCAGCCUGGGUUUGGGUCUGGCUGCCAUGGGGACAGCACGUCAAGAUGUGUAUGAUUUGCUGAAAACAAAUCUAUACCAGGAUGAUGCAGUGACAGGUGAGGCAGCUGGUCUGGCACUGGGAUUGGUUAUGCUGGGAUCUAAAAAUGCUCAGGCUAUUGAGGACAUGGUUGGCUAUGCACAGGAAACCCAGCAUGAAAAGAUUUUGCGAGGCCUUGCAGUUGGAAUUGCUCUGGUCAUGUAUGGGAGGAUGGAGGAGGCAGAUGCUCUCAUUGAGAGUCUCUGCAGAGAUAAGGAUCCAAUUCUCCGUCGUUCUGGCAUGUACACUGUUGCUAUGGCAUACUGUGGCUCAGGGAACAACAAGGCUAUCAGACGCCUGCUGCAUGUGGCUGUGAGUGAUGUCAAUGAUGACGUGAGGCGGGCAGCUGUUGAGUCACUUGGUUUUAUUCUGUUCAG